GGAACAAGUCCGAUACCUGCCACUCUCCCCUCUUAUCAUCACAGCGUCAAUAUGUCUGUCAGCUCAGCGUCUGGAAAUAUGCUUAGGCGCACUCUCUUCAGCGUCAGAUUGACUACGCAGCAACUGAAUGCUGCGGAGUGCUCCUCCCGGAUCGCCAAACCCGCGGUGUUCGGAUCAUACAGGAAUGUCCACCGUUCGGCACGAGUGCCUGCUAUCACCGCCUCAGAGGCUCGUCGCCGGCCGACCUUGAAGCCUCACCAGCACUCGCUCGUGCAGGCUCGCGUAAAUGGACCAUCGCCGUCCAGCAAGCGCACGAUAUUCAUUCAGACAGAAAACACCCCGAACCCUGAUGCAUUGAAGUUCAUCCCUAACCACCGUGUCCUCCCCGAGAAUUUCCCGACCACCUUCCUCGAAUACCUGUCCCCCCGCUCUACCCUCGCUCCUCCGCACCCCUCUCCCUUGGCAGCCAGCUUGCUCAAUGUCGACGGUGUCACCUCUGUAUUUUACGGGCCUGACUUCAUCACCGUAACCAAGGCGACCGACUCCAACUGGGCGCACAUCAAGCCCGAGAUCUUCAGUCUCAUCACUCAGGCCGUGACCUCGGGCGAGGCGAUCGUGAACACCGUUGCCAAGACUGGUGAGAGUGGCCAGGAAGGUGGCGAAUCGGAGUCUCUGGCCUACGAGGAAGAGGAAGACGAGGUGAUUGGCAUGAUCAAGGAGCUUUUGGACACUAGGAUCCGGCCUGCCAUUCAGGAAGACGGUGGCGACAUUGAGUUCCGCGGCUUUGAGAACGGUAUUGUCUUGUUGAAGCUGCGCGGUGCUUGCCGGACCUGCGAUUCGAGUACCGUGACGCUGCGUAACGGUAUUGAGUCCAUGCUCAUGCACUAUAUCGAAGAAGUUCAAGGAGUCGAGCAAGUGCUAGACCAAGAAGAGGAGAUUUCGAUGCACGAGUUCGCCAGAUUCGAGGAAAAGCUGCGCCAGCAGAAGGGCGCUGCCGCUACUGCCUCGACGGGCGGCAAGGGAACGUUGGAUUCGGCCCCUUGAACACCCUCCUAUUUCACCUACUAUAUUUAAUCACUUCUAUUUCAUGUGUAUUGUAUUUUUGACGUCGGAUAUACUACCAUCUGGGUUACGGUCCAUAGAAAGCUUUGCCAGACAAUGCUCAAACAUCUCCCCUCUAUC